AUGGGUGUGCUUCAUUUGAGCUUAAGCAUGCUUGUUGCCUUUGAUCCAGACGAAGGUCCGCGAGGCUUGGUGCUGUACUCCAUACUCAGCGGUGAUGAGGGUGGUCAGUUUGAACUGGAUGCAAAUAGCGGUUGGAUCUAUCUGGCUCAGUCGCUGAAACACAAAAGAGCGGCGACAUCUCCUCGUCAAUCGAGUGAGCCACAGCUUCAUAGUAAGAUGAAUCAUUUUUCAGACAAAUGGACUCCAGCUUCCCCAACAAUGUUGCGUCUUUAUGUUCAAGCGUCCGACUGUGGAACCCCUCCACGAUCUUCUUCGUCUGUAUUGGAUAUAAUCAUACAACAGUCGCAAUCAACUCCAGAUUCUGAGCUAUCAGUGCAGCCUCAGGCUCGCGAACAAACCAGACGGUUCGGAAAUUCUGAGGAGGAAAAAUUGUUACUUUCUAGAAGCAUUUUUGACCUACACAAGCAGCAUAAGUGGUCAAGAGAUCAAGAACAAUAUGGCCAACGUGGACUGCUUGUACCAUCAGACUUUUUAACUCUGAUUGCCAUGGUAACAGCUACGUUGGCUGCUCUUGUACUAAUCUUUAUUUUAUUUGUUGUAUUUCGCUGUCGCCGGCUGAGAAUUGCUGAGCACGUGCCGUCUGGGCACAGAACCCACCCCGAGAAUGUGUACAAGACCAGCCUAGCUGCAACAACAAGAAACCCACCUCAUUCGGCUGAAGAUUGUGAACGGCAUUCUUUCAAACAGAAAUGUCCCUCAUACGCAUUCUGGUCACGCUUCGGUCUGCAUCGUCACCCGGCGCGACGAGUGAAGCAUGAACCGCAGCAAGGUGGGAUAAAUGAUUUUCGACCACCCACCACCUACGCUCCGAUCCCUAUACUAUUUCCACGUAUACAGGGAACACUCGGCUCAAAUAAGAUUGGUGGACAAAAGUACGCCAGAAUAUGUUUAAAUAACUCACACAAUAUUUCCAAAUACAUGUGCGAUCUUCCAACAAGUUCCGAUAUGCAGCUUCUCCAUACAGCAGCUUACGGUGUAUGCGAGUUCAAGCAGUCGCCUGCACAAACUUCGAUUGGGUUACCCCUUGACGACACCGCUGAGGUUAUGUUAUGUGAAGAAAAUCCACUGGAUGUGGAGUCGAAACAAAACUCGGCUGUCAAUGAUUAUAUACCGCUGAGGCAUAUAUUAUCAAAAUCGAAAUCCGAAGUGAAUUCAUUGAGUCAGCCAUCUAGUUUUGUAUAG